AUGUACACGUCACUGAACCGGCAGUACCCCGAUCUCCUGCGCAAGUGGUAUGCGAAGUCGCUGCAGGGGGUCAUGCGGGGUGCCCCGGAGGGCAAAGCCGGCGACACCGCCAGACGCCGCCGCACCGUGUCUCAGAGCCGCACAACAGCAGCAACAACAACAACAGCGGCGGCGGCGACAACGACGACUGAAGAGGAGGCGCAAGCAACGGCAGAGUUCACACCGCAUAACAACAGCGAAUUGGAUGCUUUCCCGCCGUACACGGACCCGACGGAGGAGCAAGAGGUGUGCCUGGACCCUAUUCGGGCACUGAAGAUUCCACGUGCACGUUUUCACACGGUGAAGGAGCUUACGCUGUGCCGCAAAGGCAUCACGCGGCUGCACAGCAAUGUACAGUUACUAAAGAACCUCGACACACUUAUCAUACGCCACAACCGGCUGCGGCAGAUAGCCUUUCUGAUUCCCCCGCGAAACCCCCGCGCCGCCGCUUCCUCCUCGAAGGCCCAGGAGGAGGGGACCGUGGCUGAGGCUGCGCACGGCGCCGCCCGCGGCUGUCGUCUCCUGCGACGCCUCUACGCCUCUCACAACUGCCUGCAGACGCUCGACGGGGACGUCGGCCAGCUGCGGCACCUCGAGGUGUUGUUUCUCGCACACAAUCGUCUCAGCAACCUCAGCGCCGUCUCUGCCCAACUGAAGCUGCUCCGGUGCCUUCGCGAGCUCGACCUGCGCGGGAACCCGCUCUGCGACGAGGUGGGGUAUCGACUCUUUCUGAUUCACGAGCACCCCCACCUCGAGGUGCUGGACCGCCGCGUGGUGCGAGACGAGGAGCGCAAGGAGGCCGCGGCGUACUUCGCGGCACGAGCCACUGUCGCGACUGCUCAGACGUCUUGGGCACGCAGCGACGCGAGUAACGCGGCGGCGGCGCUGGAGCCGUUGGCGCGGGCGCGGCUGGCGACGCCGACCGCGCAGCCCCCCGCGGGGGAGCGAUACGAGGAGGGCGGCGGGGAGGCGGCGGAACUCGCGCGGGGGGGCGCGCGGAGCGUCAGCUUCCCGCCAAUACGUCCAACAUUGUCGCCGUCGCCGGCGGUGGCGAAUGAGACCAGCGGCGGUGAUAGCUGCGUUGGCGGCGGCGGCGGCGGGGGGGCACGGCAGAAGGCGGAGCAGGGGAAACAUACGGUGGCGUUUCUUCGCACGUACGUGCCAGCCGGCGACACCGCCGCGGGCGGCGCGCCUCGGCGGGGGCCGUUUCAGCCCUCCGCCUGCGAGCGCCUCCUUGAGGAGCGGGUGCGGCGCGACGAGGUGGCGAGGGCGCAGCACACGCAGCAGGAGGCGCAGGCCCGUGCCACGGCGCAGCGAGAGUUGCAGGAGAAGUAUCGGGCAUUUCACGCGACGUGGGCCCUCUCCCGUCAGGGCAUGCCGUUGUCCGCGGAGAAGUGGGAGUCACUUGUCAAGGCAAUGGAGUUCUUGCAGAAGUCGAGUUCGACGGAGGCGGCGCCCGUCGUGCAGCAUCGCGAAUCCUUCCGCAGUCGGUCGCACUUGUUGCGUCCACAGGCGGCCGAGCAAACGGAAAAGGCGGCGCCUGCCCCCGCAAGCGUCACGUUAGACGUUGACAGUGUUCAACUGCCGCAGCUCCCGCCGGAAACUGUCGGGCAAAGUGACCACAGUGUCAUGUACGACGCCCUGCUGGGCCGCUCACGCGUUGUAGAGCGGCGGAUUGGGCAAAACCACCUGUGCCUGCCGGAACCGCGUCGGCUGGGGCGCAUGGAAAACGCGCUGAGUCAGGUGACCGAGUUGCUGCAGCAAUCCGAGAGAGAGGGAGGGGGGAAGCUUGGACAGACGACGUUACUGUGUGGCGUGCAGCGGGAUAAGGAUGCCUUCGUGCCAGAGCCGUGGGAACACAUGCUACUUAGCGGCCAAACAACGAGCAUGAACGCCGUGGAGCAGCUUGAGUACCUUUACCUGAUGGCCAUGUCAUUAUUUUUACCAACCGAGUUGAGUGCGUUGGAGGGACAGUUUAUGACGAACAACGCCGACGUGCCCUCGUUGCAGGAGCCGCAGCGCUCGAAGAAGCAGACGAAAAGAGAAAAAUCCAGGCAGGCUGACAAUGCACGCGCCUUAAGCGGCACGGCCUCACUUCUUGUCACCGCGACGGCCGCGCUGCGGCAGCGGUUGCCGACGGUGUUGACGGCGACAAACGUGGAGGUUGGGCCGCCGGAGCGCACCACGUUUGUGCGCGUGAUGAACAUGCUCGACGGAGACAGUGGCAUCUGGGGCCUCGACCUUGAAAUGCUCUCGGGGGCCUUCACCGAGGAGUACCUGAGCAAAACCCAGGCGCAGUUCCCCGACGGACACGCGAAGGGGGAGGAGAAGCGCCCAUCCCUCAGCCCCCGGCGCGCGCGGCGCUCAGUUGUGAGGCUGCGCGUCAAGGGGGAGCGUCGUGGGACGUCGAGGUCCGUCUCAAGCCCCGCCGAGGCACGCGAGGCCACAACGACGUCGCUUUCCUCCGCGGCGACGAAGAUGCUCAGCCUCAACCUGGGCUCCCUCCUGCUGGACAUCGUGCGGUACCUUCCGUUUGUGGAGAACCGGCUUGCCUUCUUUCAGAGGAAGUGCACCGAGACGGCGUCGAAGGGGGUCGAUGGGGCCUCUGAAGAGGCCGCAAGGGAGUGGUUUGCAAAGGCGCAGAUUGCCUCCAUACAUCAUGAGCGGCUGAUGAAGGCGCUGGGAGUAGCAGGUCUGACGAGAGAGGCGGCCAUGGUUCGCCUGGUGCCGCUGGAAAGUAUUGCGGUGCAGGAAGUGCAGGAAGUGGGAUCAUUCUUUAGAGCCCGAGCCGCUCCCUCCUCACGAGCGCCGUCGCCUCCUUUUGCGUAG